GAGACACCAAGCACAUAUAUCCAUCUUCGGAGCAAGAUACCUGUUCAAGUGGUGGCUGGACUAUACUACAACGAAGAAGCUAAACAAUGUGCUGUACGAGUCGGGCGCUUUCGAAUAGUAUAUAAGCGAUCCGUGCGAUGUCAUCCUCCACCAGUGUCGAGCUGGCAAGUAUGGCUCUAGUACAAUCCUCACCUAAUCACCAGCGCUACGAAGACGGCGCAGAUUCCUUGCUUACCUGGUGGUACGAUGAGCUCCUGAAUCAAGCACCUCCCCAAUUGAAUGAAGCCUUCGCCCAGCCUGUACGCCCCAACCCGACAGUUCCAGACAGGCUACAGGCUUCGUUGGAUACACCAUCGUGGCACUGGGCGCAUCAUGACGUGCUCCUAUCCGGAAAUUCGACUUCUCGCGCAGAAGCGCAAAUACCUCCACUGCCGUUUCUAUUUGUCGAAGACCUUCCCGACUCCUUUAAGACGACGGACGUCCAGCCGCAGACGUGGCCGACGGACGCAGCUCCCUUACCUCGUCUUUCUGUUCCGACAACUUCGUCCGAGCCUUGGGAAGCCGCUGCAUCAUGGCCUCACGCGCUCUAUCAUUGGAAUACCAAGGGAUAUGACGACUCUCGGCGCGAGAUUGGCUCCCAAGCGCAGACCGAAGCUUCAUUGAGGCGUAGAGCGGUACAGCCCUGCCUCACUUCCUCCUUCACGUGCGAACAAUGCGGUAAGACGUUCACGCGCAAGAAGAACCUUACCGACCAUAUACUGCGCCACCAGAAUCGCAAGGAUUUCGCAUGCAGUUUCUCUGAUUGUCUGUCACGCUUCAACACAAGUAGCGACCUUGAAAGACAUAUUCGGAUCGUGCACAAGAGAAACCUGCGGCGAAGCACAUCUGCGCGGCCGACGACAGCGUUAGCGAUGCAAGGCAUGUCCUUCGCCAAGCCAGGCGGCAACCAACUUCAACACGUCCAUUCGCAAUGACUUAGCGGUAUGAUUACGCACUGGCGACGUAUCUAUGGCUUCCGUAUGUGCACCUCAGGCGUCUCCCGACACCGAUGAUCGUGGUCAUG